UGCCUCUCUACCGGCCUCAUAAGGAGCAAGUUCCAAGAGACUGACCGAAGAGACCACAACAUUCAUUUUGUCGACCCGACGUUGGGUGUUGCCGUCGUUGUCCUCUUUUGCGGACCAAAAACGUAGGACACUCACCAAGCAGAUUGUCUGUGACUUUUGUCUUUCGCCUCUCAGCACCGGCUUCUAGGCCUGAAUACCACACAAACCCGCGCAUGGUAUUCUCCGACGGUUACGCUACAUGCUGCCCUCCUUUGACCGACGCAUGCGCAUCUUUUUCUUUUCUUCUGUCUUAGAAACGCAACCGCGAACCCUAGGCGGACGGAUAGACAGUUCCUGACAGCCAUUUCCCCCUCCCCCUCGGUCGCCCCAAAAUUUUGCCUUCCCGCCGCCGCCGCGCCGCGCCGGUCCGGAGCCCUUCGUUAGCUUCCGUGCCACAACAAUUUGCAACACGCUACUGCUAGGUCCCGCGUGGUUGGUCGAAGCUCUAAGCAUAGUCCAGAGUACAUACCUACGUACAGUACUAUAGGUGCAUACUCACAUAUCAACGCCUAUUGCCAGCGAUCUCAAUAGUACAGAAAGAGGUACAGAUACUACUGUACCAUCAUGUCAAUUCCAUCAUCUGCACUCGUCUUUGAGUCAGGGAUCAAUACAAUCCCCAGCAAUACUAUGGAGCCCAAUUCUCUGGAUGCCCUUGUCCGGGUCCAGUUGGAGACUGUUUCCAGGGAGUUGGCAGCAAAGGCAAAGUUUACUACAAAUGUUUCAUCGCCCGAACAACGUCAAAAUAUCAUCAACGAUGUGGGAGAAUAUCUUACUCAGACCGCCCAGAUGUGGCUUUCUUUGACAGAUAAAUUGGUGACGGGACCUCAUGUAGCAACAGCUGCAGAGGAGGCGCACGAGCUGUCCUACAAUAAGACGCACAUGGCGGACUUGCAGCCCAUGGCUACAAUGGACAUGAACAUCAGCAAGCUUGGCAAGAUCCGUGAUCUGGCAGAAAAGUUCUCUGAAGACGUACAAGACGUCUGGCGACGGACACCUGAACCUGGAGGAGUCUUGUCUGCACCAACUUACCACACAGUCUCUUCCUUCCCUGUUAUUAAAUCUGAAGCUUCAGGCUGGAGCCGGUCAUUCUCCGGAGGCAAUAACAUGGAUGGUGGAACUCGCGAAAGCCAGAGAGCUAUGCUAGCAUCUCGAAGCACUGAUGACGCUCCAUCACCUGGUGGGAACCUAUCCAUUUCAGAAGACUCAGGGGAUGAUGAAGAUGAACAAUUCAGCAAAAUCGACAUGGACGCUCUUAAACAGAGAGGCAAAGGCUUGUACUAUUGUCCCUUGGGACAUCGCUGCGACAAGGGCGGUGUUGAUAAGGAGGGGAAACUUGUGGUCUUUGAUCGAAAUUCUUCUUUUGCACAACACUGUAACAAGCAUCGGAAACCUUGGCGGUGCGAUGUUCCUGGGUGCCCGAAUCCACCCAAGAAACGCAAGUUUGCCCGCCGAGACGGACUUGAAAGACAUAAAUUGACGGUCAAGCACCGCGUUAUUACAUCUUGAGGCCCUAGUCACGAGCUUCAUCUUGUGCUUUGAUGGGCUGCGUGACCUUGACCGGUCAAUUCCCUUACAUUCGGAGACUUGUCUUUGAUUGGGGGAGAUAUGGCCGGUGAAAAUAAACCAUGCGGCUCAUGCAAACCCGAGAAGCACGAACCAAUAAUGAUGCGCCAAGGGUUUCUCUGCCACUCAUAGGUCCAUCCGCCAGCAGUUGAACGUUGCACGAAAUCAUGGAAAUUGAUUCGGACCUACAUGGCCUCAGUUGCGUGCAAGUUACAAUACGAGCAUAGCAUGACUGACCUCUCAGCGGAGCAUGCCUAAUGACGCAUCAUUCGCAUGAACACAGGAAAGAUAGUCGAAAUUCUUUUUAUCACGGCAUAAUUGCUGGUCAAUAAGCGACCGCCCAACCUUUUGUGGAGUUGAACUAGUUUUGUAUCUGAAAGGAAUGAUGCAACCACCUGUAAGCUGGCACAUCACCGGUCAGAGUCGCCAAACAAACAAUCAUUACAUAUGCAGUUAGCCUUCGGGCAAGAUGCAUGAAACCUUUUCGCAAUAAUUUUUAGGACAUCCUUCUCAAGAGAGAAACAGCCGGCUCACAGGUACCACAGUUAGCAGUUGAGGUGGACAUGGUAGGCCUCAACGACUAAGAAAGGAUGGAAUAAUCCACCGACGCGGCAUCUCAGUCACAGAUCUACCCGUGCCUACAGGGCCAAGACGGACGGCAGCAUGGGAAAUUUCAGAAAUGCAUUGUCAUUUUGAUUACACGGGUCUGCUGGCUGUCUAUAAGUCGUACGACAGGACCACGCAUUCAGAACGUUCGAGAAAAGGAGGUACAGCCACGUAUGAGAAUGAAACAGGCCGAGGUCUCACAAGAGCACUGGUACAAGCUGUCGGUUCCCGCGCAAGAGGCACUUGAUCAGGCAAAGAGGUUUGCUAGAGUACGUACAAAUACAGUACUAGGCUGGGCUGCCGAUUGCAAGAAGCGGGUGGCUUUCCCAAACUCGUGGGAAGCUGGCCACAGAUGGCUUGCAGACAUACGAUCUCAUACUGCAGCAAUGUGACACUUCAUUUUCUGGAUGCUCUCAGAGCUUCUAGGGACUGGUGAAAUUCUAUCAUUCUUCUCUGGGGCGGCCCUAGACGAUGAUCCCGGCACUAGGGCCAUUUGUUGGGCAUGCACCCUGGCGAUCAACAUGCGGACCAGCCAGUUGGAAACAGCAAUUGUGAGAAAAUCGUAUAUCGGUAUGUACGGUGACGAGAGUCUUG